AUGGUAGUUUCCCUGGAGGGCGACGCCUUCGCCCGCCUCUACCCCCGGGAGUACUAUGCCAAAUUCGUCUCACAGGGCAUGCGCCCCGAUGGACGCGUCCUCACCCAGGAGCGACCCAUCAGCAUCGUGCGGGACGUCGUGGCCGGCGCAGACAGCUCCGCGCUGGUGAAGCUGGGCCGUGCGACGGCCCUGGCCGGCAUCAAGCUGGAGGUGGCGAGCCCCGAAGACGAGCGGCCCGGGGAGGGCAGCAUCAUCGUGCAGGUGGAGCUGCCGCCCAUGUGCUCGGCCAGCAGCCGGCCCGGCCUGGUCAGCCCGCGCGCCGCGCGGCUGACGGAGGAGCUGGGCGGCCUGGCAGAGUCUGGUGCGCUGUGCGACCUCGCCCAGCUCACCCACCCCGGCGGACGCUCGGUCUGGGUGGCCUACUGCGACGUGUACGUGCUGGACGCGGACGGCAGCCUUUCCGACGUCUGCCUGCUGGCCACGCUCGCCGCCCUACAGGCCCUCCGCCUGCCAGCGCUGGAGCCGGAGGGGGCGGGCGGCGCGGCGGUGCCAGCGCCGCACGACACGCCAGAGGGGCCCGCCGCCCCUCGGGCCCUGCGCCUGGAGCCCCCGCUCACCCCCCUAACCUGCGGCAUCUUUGGCGGCGCCCUGGUUGUGGACCCCACCGCCGAGGAGGAAGCCCUCAUGGACGCCCUGGUCUGUCUGCGGGUGAACGGCGACGGCCAGCUUGCCGGCGUGAGCAAGCUGGGGGGUUCGGGACUUGGCAGGGAGCACCUCGCCACGGCCCACAUGGCGGCCAUGCGGCGACACUUGGCGCUGCAGGGCCCGUAG